CUCUGCCAUCACUUACGCUGCGCUUUCAAGAUUUAAAACGCGUCUCGUCAAAUAGUUUUAAUCAAUUAGUCAGCCGAUUGCCCUCUACACUUCACAGCACAAUGGGUCAAAUGAUGAUGGUAAUCGCUCUCUUAGCUUUUUGUAACAUGGUCUAUGCAAUGCCUACAUGGGAGAACGAUGAGGAAGCGGGUUUUAGUCCGUCUUCAAUAAAAAUUGCCGGCCGUCGCUGCAGCUGUUCUGAUCAACAUCACAAAUGUGGCUGCUGCCUUCAAAUCAGGGCACCUACACUCCAAAAUUACGACGAAGCAGAUGUGUGCAUGAACUCGUCUUUCAUUCCGUCGCCAUUGGGUGUGGAAUUUUUCAUGAUGUGGAACAAACGUAAAGUUUUCGACCGCAACGUAUCAGAUACCCGUCCACGGCCUGUAUGUUUUCACAUUCCUCGUCUGAAUUAUGGCAAAGCCUGCGUGAAAUUCACCGAGAUGACGAUCAAGAGAGAUCACACUGGAGGGUGUGCGGCUCUGGAAUUCAAAUCGAGGCACAACGAAAGAGAUAUUCCUCUUGGGUGUUUCUUCUUCAGGGGUGGGGACGGGCAUGGAGUGGAUAUGGAGACCUUUCUAGAUCCUGCAUCGUUCAUCUCCUUACUGGAAGAUGUCUUUCAUGCAUCAAAGAUCGAUAGUACCAGUAAGCUAGCAAAUCGACCUUUUGAGGUACUAGAUGGGGACGUCACAGAGGUAGCAACGGUUGACAAGGCCAGCUGUCAAUGUUCAAAGUCUCCACCCCAAUGUGACUGCUGUGCCGAGUUGAAAAUCUUUAAGUUCUCUGUAAAAGCCUGUGCUCAUGCAGACAUCGAUCCGACCGGACAGGGAUUCGAUUUGGAGUUGACUAUCGAUGGUCACACUUUAUUCAAGAAGCAUAUAACAAUUAAAGACCCACCGCCAAUUUGCCACACUUUCAAUUUAUUCGGAUUUCAAGCGAAUGUGUGCCUUAAAAUUACACAAGUUUCGUUGAAACCCGGUCACACAGGCGCAUGCGUGGAAGUGGACGUGAACUCGGUGGAUCUCCCUCUGGGAUGUUUUUACAUGGCGACCCACAGGGAUCUGGGAAUAGAAUAGAAUGAUGGUGCGCCAUACGCCUGAUAGGAUAGACAGAGCUGUUAAAAAAUAAUGUAACAGAAGCGUUAAGCCUUUUCUCCAAAAGUAAUAUGGCCAAGCUAAACUUUUAUGUGCAAAGUCAGAUCAAUGCUUAUGUUAUUCCAAAAUCAUAGGUAAGAAUGACGGCCUCCCUGAGAAAAAAUAAAGUGUAAUUCUGCAAAACAUAAAUACGGCUUGUUAUGAAUCCCGAAAAAACUUGAAAUUAAUCAAAUCUGUAAAAUGAAAGAAUGGGAUGAAGAAUCUAUUCUUGACAGUUUGAAUAGACAAAAUAAAAACAAUUUUUGCUUGUUA